GAGAAGCGCUUGCAUUUGCAUUUCAGCUCAAACCCGCUACAGCCCUCUUUUUGCUGUAUAGCAACUCCAUUGAAAGACACCUGUUCCUCCUUAUCCGGCGGAACGAGCGGCUUCACGGCCACGCCAACGCGACAGCGCGGUCUGCCAUGGCUUCGGAUGAGCCAAUUACAAUCAGCAUUUGACGUCAGCAUGCCAACGACCUCCAAGAUCCGAGGGGGCGCCCUUCGCUUGCGGCCUUUCUACGCGACCGUCUUUUUAAUAUGCCUUUUGGCAUCCUGGUCUCUCUUGACCAGGGCCACACAACGACAGCUCCAGCUGCAAGACGUCUCACAGUCACCCCUCGCCAAACGAUCCGAGUUCACUGAGUGCCGAGAUGUCCACAGCGCUGAUGACCAGUGUGCCUUUGUCAAGGCUAACUGCGCCGACGACGAGGUUGGCCUCCUCUCUUACUUGACGCUGUAUUACUGCGACCUGGGCAAGGCUCAGUGGCUGGCUUUUAUCAUCUUGGUCUGCUGGCUCGGCUUGCUCUUCACAACCAUUGGCAUCGCCGCAAGCGAUUUCUUCAGCGUUAACCUAAGCACCAUCUCUGCAAUCCUGGGUCUCAGCGAGAGUUUGGCUGGCGUCACCUUCCUAGCCUUUGGCAAUGGCUCGCCCGACGUCUUCAGUACUUUUGCAGCCAUGGGCUCAAACAGCGCCAGCAUGGCUGUUGGCGAAUUGAUCGGCGCAGCAAGCUUCAUCACCGCGGUGGUGGCCGGCUCCAUGGCUUUGGUUCGCGAAUUUAAGGUGGGCAGAAAGACCUACGUCCGGGAUCUUUCCUUCUUCAUCGUGGCUGUCUGCUUCACCAUGGUAUUCCUAGCAGAUGGCCAUCUGCAUUUGUGGGAGUGCAUAACAAUGGUCUGCUACUACAUCUUCUACGUGGUUACCGUUGUCACCUGGCAUUGGUACUCGACAAGGCGGAGCCAGCAGCGGGUCCGGGAAGCAGCCGCGCGAGGUUUUGUCUACGGGACUGUGGGGCAUCUCAGCGACGACCUGGCCCCGGAACCAUACCGCGAUGAUCCCGAUGACGAAGACCGGCAAGUCACCUCUGCAGCCGCCUCCAGUGCAGGAGAUAUCAGUGCACUUGAAGCCGGACCUAGGAUCGAGUUUGACGGUCAAGGAGGGAGUGAUGAUGAGGCUGAAGACAGUGAUCAUGGGCGACACGUCGUGGCGGAGAUGGCCAGUAGUAUGCGAGUGUUACGUUCUAGAGGCAGACGGCGCAACACACUCACGCCCAUCCGUCCCAGUCUCGUCGGCGCUCUAGAGUUCCGGUCUGCUCUGGCUCAACUGCAAAAGGAAAGCAACCACAGGAUGAGACCGAUGCAUGGACGAGCCUACUCGGUCAACCACCUUGGAGGACAGAGUGAAACGAAUACAGUGAGAGGGCCGCCGUCCGACUCGGGGCGACACACGAUAGGUGCCGUUGAAGAAUUUGGCCAGAACAGGAAUCGGGCCUUGUCAUCCGGCGAUAUCCCCGGCUCCGUUAACGGUCGUGAACAAUCGCCGUGGCGGUUCCCAGCGCCAGCGGACCCCAUCCAACAGAUAAAGGCUCAAGAGGGCAGAAACCGGAGUUUGUCGCCAGCUUACAAAAUCGGUGGUAACUUGGCACCUCCUCCUGUCGACACAAUACCUCAAAGACAGGAUACCGGCGGGAGCGAACCUUUAGAGACCAGGCCCUUACCUGGUCAACUUUCCCUGCAAAUACCCAGUCGGCGUGGCAGUUUCAGUGUCGGAUCUUCGCCCGCAUCGCCCUUCCCCGGAUACACAGAGUCGCCCCUUGUUUUGACGCCAGCUGCUCAAAGCGAGCCGACCGAAUUCUUUGCGCCGCCUGGUCCGGCUCGCCUGGAAGUGCCAUUUGCGCCUUAUGGGAUGGCCAACCCCAAGCCCAUUAGGUGGUGGCCAUACGCCAUCCUACCCCCUCCGCACAUCUUCUGGGCAACCUUGUUCCCAACCUUGCUAGGUUGGAAGCAGAAAAGCCAUUGGGACAGAUUUGUCAGUGCGAUAUCAGUGCCAAGUAUCCUGCUUCUGGUGUUGACACUCCCGGUGGUCGAAAACGAGAGCGCGGACGAUUCAUUCGACGAGACUGCCCUGGAUCCCAUGAUGCGGGAUCAUGCUCACUGCGAUGCUCCUGUUCCCGCCAAUGCCUACGACGACAACGAGGGAGAGUCAGAAUGGCAGCGCUUUAGACGGUCUACUUUGUCACACUCUCGCGGGCAGUCAAUCGAUCACUCACCGAAGGGCUCUCCAGCACUCAUCGCAAUCGACUCCCCGAGUGGUGCGCGGUUGGCAACCGAGAUACCUACAAGUCACCCACAAGCUGUGAAACCUGCAGCGCCGUUGCCUUCGGAGAGCAGUCUUGCUCCCGUCGAUGAGUCAGGUCAGUGGAACAGAUGGCUCGUCGCGAUCCAGCUCUUCACUGGGCCUUUGUUCGCCGUCAUCAUUGUCUGGGCAAACAUGAAGGAAGACUUUCAUCAGCCGUACAAGGUCCUCGCCAGACUCGUCCUGUACACACUCUUGGGAUCUACGAUUCUCCUCGGUUUCCUUCUCCUGGCAACUAGCCCCGACAAGAAGCCAAAGUACCACUUUCUGCUUUGCUUCAUGGGUUUCAUCAUUGCAAUCGCCUGGAUUUCUACCAUUGCCGGGGAAGUUGUUGGCGUCUUGAAGGCAGUGGGGGUCAUUUUCGGCAUCUCCGAGGCCCUCCUCGGACUGACCAUCUUCGCAGCGGGCAAUAGUGUGGGCGAUCUGAUUGCCGAUAUCACUGUUGCCCGGCUUGGAUUCCCCGUUAUGGCAUUGUCUGCCUGCUUCGGUGGUCCCAUGCUCAACAUCCUUCUCGGUAUCGGCAUCGGCGGCGUCUACAUGAUGUACCAGGCUGCCAACCACCGACAGAAGAAGCAUCCCGAUAAGCCGUUCAAGUAUCAUUCGUACAAGAUCCAGAUCGGAGGUACCUUAUUGAUCUCGGCCAUAACGCUUCUCAUCACACUGCUAGGCCUCCUGAUCAUCGUUCCGAUGAACAAGUGGGUAAUGUCACGGAAGAUAGGGUAUGGUCUCAUCGUGUUGUGGAUGAUCAGCACGGUCGUCAACGUCAUUGUCGAGUUGACUGGAGUGUGGACUGACGUGUCAUAUUCCUUUACUUUCUAA